AAACUAGGGUUUUUAGGUAUUUAUCCGAUUAUCCCUUCUUCUACUUGAUUCUUGAGAUUAUUAAUAGCCGGCUGAAAUUCACCGUUUCAACUACCCUUUCUAGUGUUUUUUUCCCCCCAUGAAUUUUGUGUAGAUUGGUUUAAUAUUUUAAUUCAAGAUAUGUAUCCCUCUCGGGGAGGCAGUGGUUAUGGACAACAGCAACCUUACUCUACUCAAUCCUCAUAUGCUAACCAAAACUUGGGAGGUGCAUUCCCAGGGAGUUCAGUUGGGGGUUCAGACGGGUCUUUGGGUUCUCGACACGCCUUGAUGUUAGGAGGCACCGGUCAAGAAUCAGACCCGGCUGGAUAUCGGGCUCAUGGUCAUUCUGCAGCACCACCAUCACUCUAUGGUGGGCAGUAUAGUUCCAUCUAUGGUUCAUCCUCUGGGCAGGAGGUCAGCAGCUCAUUCUACUGUCUUUUCUUGAUUUCAUGUAAUUUUGACAAGCAAAUCAGUAUUUCGUGCAUAAAUGUAAUUUUAAAUUUUUUGUUGCUAAAAAAUUUGAUAAUGCAUAGCUACUAUCAUCACAGUUUUACAUGAUAUUAUAUCCCUGUU